GCCCCGCCAUGGGUCUGGAGCUCUACCUGGACUUGCUGUCCCAGCCCUGCCGCGCCGUCUACAUCUUCGCCAAGAAGAACUGUAUCCCGUUCGAGCUGCGCACAGUGGAGCUGCUCAAAUGUGAACACCACAGUGAUGCUUUUGUCCAGGUGAACCCUCUGAGGAAGGUUCCAGCCUUAAAGGAUGGAGACUUUACUUUGGCUGAGAGUGUGGCUAUCCUGCUGUACCUCAGCCGCAAGUAUCAGACCCCUGACCACUGGUACCCCCAGGACCUGCAGGCCCGUGCCCGUGUGGAUGAAUAUCUGGCUUGGCAGCACACGGCUCUGAGGAGUAGCUGCACGAGGGUCAUGUGGCAGAAGCUGAUAAUCCCUGUGUUCCUGGGUGAACCUGUGCCCCCUGAGUUGUUGGCGUCUACUCUGGUUGAACUGGACAGAUGCCUACAGCUGCUUGAGGACAAAUUCCUGAAGGACCAGGCCUUCCUUGCUGGGCCCCAAGUCUCAGUGGCUGACUUGGUAGCUAUCACAGAGCUGAUGCAUCCAGUCAGUGCUGGAUGCCAAGUCUUCAAAAGCCGACCCAAGCUGGCCACAUGGCGCCAGCGUGUGGAGACUGAAGUGGGGGAGAACCUCUUCAAGGAAGCCCAUACACACAUCAUGAAGAUCAAGGACCUGCCUCCAGCAGACACUGCCAUAAAGGAGAAACUGAAGCCUCUACUGCAGGUGUUUUUACAUUGAGUGAGGGGCUGGGCCUGAGGAGUCACCAACAAUGAUGGAAACUGCUUUUAUAAUAAAGAGCUGGAGCUGCCCUUCUGUGGAAUUA